GGCAGACCCUUUUCAAUGCCCGGUCCUCUUCCUGGUUUUUGGGAAAGGGGGAAAGCUAAAAGCCGUGAAGGAGGGAGAUGGCGUGAUAUCGAAUUCCGGCAUGGUAUGGCAAGCGUUCGAGAGGAGGCAAGGAGAAAGUACAAAACUAAACGGCUGCAAGAAGCAUUUAUAUUUCUUAAUUCGAUUACAUUUGAUGGUAGCAUAGACUUAAGUAACCUAGAACAAAGUGAUGAUCAACAGUCGGUUGAGCAACCACCAAUUUGCCACAAUGCAGGAAAUAUUGCCAAUGAUGCUUCUUUGGCAUUGCUCAUAUCAAAUGCAUCACUCGAAGGAAAAAAGCCUCACUUAUUACAGUCAGUUUCUGUAACUGGCUCAAAAAAUGUUGAAGAAGAAUUGCGUCACCAAAAAAUUGCACUUGAUCCACAUUGUUUCGAUACUGGACAGUAUGACGGAUAUAAUAAAAUCACUCGAUCAAGAUCCACUAUGGAAGCAACAAAAGAUCUAUUUAAUAAAGUAAAACGUUUAGCUAACCCCAGCAGUUAUAACAGCAGCCAUCAGCAACUCUAUGACAAAAGAAUUUUAUUUGUCAGUCAACAUCAGGUGCCUUAUCAGUUGUUUUCUAUCAUAUCUUACAAAAAUAUGAAUUCUGUUUUUAAUAAUGAAAAGCGACAUUCUGCUCUCCAUACAAAUACUAAUACCUCUGGGAAUUUCAUUGAAGAUAUUGAUAUGGGUGAUGGGAAAAGGGAAGUUUCGUACAAUCAUUUACUUUUUCCAGAAAGUUGGAAACACAAUUGCAAAGAAGAGGAAGGAGAACAAGGAGCUGUUUCACAAGAUUACCAUGUUAUGGAAUAUGACCCACUUGCAGUGGAUGAUCCACAACUGACAUCAGGAAAACAUCGCAAAGUUUUAAAUUUACCAUCAUUUACUGUCUCUAUUAUCCAGUAUGCAAAACCAUCAGAAGUUAAGAAAGACAUCAAUGAAAGGUUUAAAGAAAAAUUUCCACAUGUGACAAUCACUUUAUCAAAGCUUCGAAGUUUAAAAGACGAGCUGUUAGCAAUAAGUCUUAAGAUGUCACUGGAUGCUGCUGUUGUAACAUUUGCAUUUGUUUAUUUUGAAAAAGUUAUUCUAAAGACUCGCAUCACUAAACAUAAUCGAAAGUACAUUGCUGGUGCUUGUUUACUUUUAUCAAUCAAAUUCAUGGAUGACAUCAAAAGCAGAAAUAUAAAAACGUGUAUUGAGGAAAUUUGUGACCAAUUUCGGUUAUGUGGUAAAGACCUUUUAUCUUGUGAACUGCAAGUUUUGGUUUUAUUGGAGUUUGCGUUGUUGACACCAGAACAUGAAGCUCUUCCAAUGCUUAAAAGAUUGGAGACAUCUUUUUCAUAUUAAGGAGUAUAAGUUUCACUAGUGCUCACUUAUAUUAUUUUAAGAAUAUUGUAAAUAAUUUAUUUAUGAAAGAAUUGUGUAUACAAA